AUGUCUCUGCCAAUAUCCCACGAUGACGAAUGCUCGAUCUGUAUCGAGUCGCUCGCCAACCCGUCGCACAUCCAGCACGCUAUUGCCAAAUUAUCGCCGUGUAACCACUGCUACCAUGACUUGUGUAUCAGAUCUUGGUCUCACCAGGCCAAUUCGUGCCCAAAAUGCAGAGUAAGGUUUAAUACUGUCGAACUCAUUGAUAAACACGGUAAACUUAUCUACCAGUACCUGGUGGAACACAAAAACUUCCCAGUGGAUCCUAACUACUUGGCCCCUACCCAAGAAACCGAUGAGGGCCCACUAUUACUACAACAACAACAACCUGGAAAUCAGCGGUAUACCAGCUCUUCGGCUAUUAGCCUGCUUCUAUCAUUCUCUGUCACUUGUUCGCUCUGUUGUAGUAGCUCUGACACUUCAAAUGUCUCGGUUUGUGAAAACUGCUGCAGCUGCUUUCACCCUCAGUGUCUAGGAAUGGACGACUCGUACUCGGGGUACUGGAAUUGCCCCAUGUGCGACUGUUUACAAGAAAGUCUUCUUUCUAGAGUGAAUAAUAAUCAAAAUAAUCGAAAUAAUAAUAAUCCCCGUCGCCGCCAACGAAGCACCAAUCGGUUCAUCAGAAGGACCGACGCCACUUAUGAAAGAAUCGUCCGACAGCAUAGAAGUGGUCAAGGGUCGUUGAAUAAUAAUAAUAAUAAUAAUCUGAUUUUGGGAUCUCCUGAACCCGUGCCACAUAAAAAUCCCGAAGAAGAGGAAGCGUGGACCGAAUUUGAAAAAGUGAGAAAGCGUUCGGAUGGUGCUCCAGUACCUAUCAAUGACCACCAAGCAUCAUCAUCAUCAUCAUCAUCGUCAUCAACGUCGGCUCUGUUGCCUUCUGGAUCUACUGCUGGUUCUUGUGAGCUGACGAGGAAACUAAAACGUCCUUCUAGAAGAGGAUCUAAAUUGGGACAGAAAGUCGGCAAGACUCUGUCAAAAGUGAUCCCAACGAAAGUUGACCAUGGCCAAUCCAGAGUGAUGUCGUUGUUAUCAGAAAUGCAUUCGAAUAGUGAAUUACUCGUAAGAGACUCCAGAAAUACCAGAGUAUUGAAAACUUAUCAACCUCAAAGGUUAUAUGGCCAGUUAUCUCCGCCAAUGUCUCCUUCGAACCCCGAUGCAAAGCAUGAUGAUCCCGAUUGUAAAAAUCUUGAUUCUGAUACAACAAAUGGUGAUUCCGAUGCGAAAAGUGGCAAAAUGAAGGUGCCUAUUCUACAAUAA